GCUAACACUUGGAAACUUCUACCUCCAAAAUCUGAACACCUCAAUGAUCCUUCUUGUUCCAGAGGAUAGGUCUUCUCCAGUUGUGCCACCAUUCCCCCACAGCCCUGAAUUUCCGACUGCCCCAGGUUGCCUCUAACCCCACCAGGAGAAGAAGAUGGCCCAUGUAGAAUCAGCUGAUAUCUCUGAAAUCACCAGGUCAAUGCUCAGGUACCCACGGCUGAAGGAUACAUACUAUACCAAAGAACUCAAAGAAGCCAUGACUCAUGUUCUGCUGCCCUUGUCCUACUACCAGUCACCAAAGGAAGAGUUUCCCCUAAAACCGGAGUGCUGGAGGCAGCACCGGGGCAAGCUGAACUUAGUUCCUUCCUGCUACUCCAAGAAGUUUGAGAUGUACACACACUGGCUCACCGUGUAUGACCGGCGAAAGGAGCGGGAGAACGAGAAGAUGUUACGGAAAAUGAGAGACAACGCUAGGUAUCUCAAAGAGGACACCCACAUCCCAAACUACUAUCCCCCCAUGAGUAAGUUGGCUACAAGAUACCAGGUGGGAUCCAGACCCUUCGAACCUAUCAUUGACCCCCAGAAGUGGCAAAGAUUAAAGGAACUUACAGAAAUGCUGAAAUCUCCGAGAGAGGAUGAGCAGUUCUAUGCAGCACAUGCUCUGGGGUGCCUGGGCAGCAGAGACAAGUUUGUCAUGGAGGCACUAUGGCAGGUGGCCCACUCUGGUAAAAAGAAAGUGAAGUAUGAGGCCUAUCGAACCCUGGCCAUCCUAGGUUGUUUGAAUAAGCAUGUGAUCCAGGCUUUCAUCAAAGAGUUGAAGGGGAAAAAUGAGGGUCGAAGGAUGGAGACGCUGAUGGGCCUACGAGCAGCUCUGAACUCCUGGGCUGCCGUCCCUAAAGACAAGAGGAUUCAAAUCGGAGAUGAAGAAACUCUAGUGGAUGUGCUGCAGACAGUGAUAAAGAAUUCAUCACAUGAAGCAGCCCUGGAGGCAGCCUUGUGCUUAGGUUUCCUGAGACCUUGCAGCCAAAUGGCCCAAGAGUUUUUGCUGGAGUGCGUGGGCCAAAGGCCCAAGACCCAACAGAUGAAGGCACUUAGGAUGCUGGUCAAGGUGAUGCAUGUCCACUCAGCGGCAGUCAUCACGGCCAUUCUGGACCAGCUAUGUUCUGCUGUUAUCCUUGAGGACCGCUUUGAAGCUAUCCAGAUGCUCAGAAUCAUUGGGUUGGAAAAGAUCCAGGCACAUGGACUAGAGGAAAUCACAUUUGACCUGCUCAAGAGGAAGACACAUAAUGAACCCUUCCAUGCUGUGAGGCAGGCUGUGGCUGAAGCUAUAGAAGACCUCAAGAUGAAGCCUAUGAUGCUGAACUUGAUGGAGGAGCAACUGAUGGAUCCAAAUCCUGCUGCACGCCAAGAAGCAGUCAUUUCUCUGGGCGUCCUGGGGAUCCGUGGUUCACAAGUGUUCUACUUGCUCUUGGACAUGUUAGACACGGAAGAGAACCAGGCUAUGAAGAAAAGUCUACAAGAAACAUUAAUUCUUUGUGCCUCAACUGAUCCCUGGAUCCAAAACAUGCUGAAGAACAAGGUUUUCUAUGUCUAUGAGGCACCUAAGACCAAUGAGAAGACAAAGCCUACAGGAUUCUGGAAGGAACCUGAGAAGCCAGAAGAGUUAAAUAUUCAAGAUUUUCGACUUGCUAAGUUGAACCCUUUGCUUAUUGCCAAGUCCAUCUCCAAGUCAGAUCAGAAAAAAAAAUUGCACACUUUUCCACCCUGUUUCCCUAAACCACAAAAAGAAACGCCAGAGGUCACAGGCCCCUGGGAGCCAGGGAUUAGGAAACAGUUGAGAAUCCUUGCUCAAUCCUCCAAAUAGAUUAGCUCUUUGGGCCUAACCCCCAUUCUCUCCCUGAGGAUGACUCCCGUGCUUCCCUGAAGAAAACAAUCCAUACAUCUUUCCUGAAUAAAGGAAUAUCUCUAUA